CAUGUUUGUUUUUUUCUUUUUACAGAGCACCUGAGAUUCUCUUGGGACUUCCUUUCUGUGAAGCCAUAGAUAUGUGGUCGCUAGGCUGUGUGAUAGCUGAGCUAUUCUUGGGCUGGCCACUCUAUCCUGGAUCCUCAGAAUAUGAUCAGAUUCGAUAUAUUUCCCAAACCCAGGGUAUGCCAGCGGAACAUAUGCUAAGUUCUGCCACAAAAACUGCACGCUUCUUUGUGCGUGAAAACACUGAUAGCAAUUAUCCAUUCUGGCGAUUAAAAACGCCAGAAGAGCAUGAAGCAGAAACUAAAAUCAAAUCAAAGGAAGCUAGAAAAUAUAUCUUCAACUGCUUGGACGAUAUGGCGCAGGUGAGAAUGCCCCGGAACUUCACUCAAGACAAAGCGUUUGCUAUUAAUGUACCACAAGAUUUAGAGGGCCGAGAAUUGGUUGCUGAGAAGGUAGAUCGAAGAGAAUUCAUAGAUUUAUUAAAGCGUAUGCUAACACUGGACCGUGACCGUCGUAUCACUCCAGGAGAAGCCCUCAAUCAUUUGUUUGUUGUUAUGGGACAUCUUGGAGAUUAUGGACACUGUAAUAUAGUCAAAAGUAGUGUGCAAAGUAUGGAAAUCUGCCGCCGACCACAAACAAUAAGUGCUUAUGAUCUGAAUCAGAAUAGUGGAUCAGUGGUUGCUAACUUAGUGCCAUCAUCAACAGGCAAUAUUACAGUCACAUUUAAUAACCAAAUCAAUGGAUUGCCUCCUCAGGUGGCAUCUCAAAACUUUAGUGGAACUGCUCCUCAAGCAACAGAACUUCCAUAUCUUCAGUAUCCAGGCCAGUCAGGCACCACGUACCUGCCCUAUCAACCAGGGCCACCACAAGUUGCUACGCAACAGCUUAACCAGCAACUGCCGCCACAGAGAAACAGUACUCAAUUCAAUCGACAUGAUCCAUUCCGUCAACCUUUAUUACCCUCCCUUGUUGUACCUGCCCCCAUUCAAGGUCUCAACUCACCAAAUCGAUAUUCUAAUGUUGUUCCUAUGGUUACACAAGCUCAUCAAACACUACAACUGCAACCACAGAUUAUGUCACAGACUGUCACUACCCAACAUCUAACGCCGGUCAUCGACAGGGGUCGUGGUCAAGUGUUCAUGACGAAUGCACCUAUGAAUUCCUGGCAUGGAAACAGACAGGUAGUGGUGAGUUCUUGGCCACAGCAAAUCCCAGCUUUAACUUCCCAAAGAUCUAUUCAGCAACCUGCCGCCACUGCUGUCAUUCCCGACACUCUACCCACUCAGGCUGUCUCCGAUAGCUGGCGCCGUUCAAUUGUAUUGGCAGGAGAAGAUCUUGAGCAAGCGCCACCUGCAGUGGUACCCUUGGGGUCAGCGAACCAACAAUGGAAUCUUGCCAGUGUAGUACCAAGCACAUUUGGUCUGCCUACAGUGAGGCAAACGUCCCAGUCUCAUUCAAGCAAGCGGCAAACUAAAAAUAGGACCAGUAAGGAAAUAUGUACCUCAACACAGUUAUCUCCUGUGAAAAAGCGUGUGAAGGAGAACACACCACCACGACUGGACAGCUUGCACAAAGAAGAGAUCCUGCGUCUAACUGGCUGGAGCAAUGAAGCACAAGUGGUGCCAUUGGGUAGCAAAGUCAGCAGCAGCAAGAGUAGCAGCCACACAGGUACAAGAGGUUCAGGUGACCACCGCCAGACUAUUGUUAUAGCCGACACUCCUAGUCCAGCGGUCAGCGUAAUCACCAUCAGCUCUGAUAGUGAGGAUGAAGAAGAAUCCAAGAGGCAUUUAAAGGAUACGGUCAAAAAAGUUCGUGAUGUACAUACCAGUACUAAACACAGCAGCCAUCAGACAUCUGCUCAUCAGCCACGGCAGUACCAACAGCAGCAGCAGCAGCAACAGCAGCAGCAGCAGCAGCAGCACAGUAAUCACAGCAGUGCUAGUAGCAGCAGCAGUCAUGUCAACAAUCCUUAUGUCCAGAACAGCAAUAGUGUCGACAGUGGCAACUGUAGCUCAAGAUCAGGAUCGUCAGCUUUCGGUUCUCCAAGAGUGCGAAAGAAUGUGAUUAGCUGUGUAACAGUACCUGACAGCCCUGAUCUAGACCAUAUUUCUGCUGUAGCAGCAUCUGCUAGCAACUCUGCCCACACUGCUCGCAAGCCACUUACUUUUACCCCUAUUAAACAUGAAAUUACCUCCUCCUCCUCUUCCAGCAAUAUUGCUAACAUGAAAAGCCUAGCAGCUGUCUCUUCUUCCUCAUCUUCAUCGUCGUCCUCUUCUUCAUCUUCAUCCUUGGGUGGCUGCCCAGCUGCGUCUGUCUCCGCGACUACGACUAACUCAGCCUUGAUCCCCGACAGUAACUAUGUCAGCAGCAAUAAUGGCAAUGGCAGCUACAUUAAAAGCCACAUGGUCCCUCCGAAUCAAAGACAACAUGUUCCUGCAUCAAGUGCUGCUAUGAGAGCUACAUCAGCAUCUCUCUCAUUCAUUCCACCCAAUGUUGUGAUGGCCGAAUCCUCUCGACAUCACAAGUACCGUGACCAUGUGACCAAAACCUCCCCUUUCGUGACACACAUUCCCAAGCAGGAAGUUUCUUCGCUCUCCUCAUCAUUUCUUUCUUGUGCAUCGUCUGCUGACCGACUACACGUGAACAGAAGUCCAGUCAAACAUGAAGUGAAACCACUCCCGCUAGAAGUUGAAGUAACCAGUGCAUCAUCUAUUCAUAGUAAACUUGCCUAUGUUUCUCCGACAGUCCGACUCAGCCAGAACCAGCCGCGAACAUUUCAUGGCCAUUCAUCUCAUCGGAAUUUUAUCGGUCACCAGCCAGCUGGUACAUUAGUAGCCACUGUGCUCAACAGUAAACAGCGUGUCCCAAAUGGCCUCAACACUGCAGCAAAUAAUUCCUCUCAACUCUCUCCAGCUCAGCCCAAUGUACAUAUUGGGCAGCCUAUCUUUCUAAAUACUGGCUCUCAAGUUGAAGUACAUAGGUAAGUGGACUGCCUUGUUUCCCUCCCGUGUCUUCACCCCCAGACCUAAUCCAGUAAGUGGACUCCUUACAGUUUACUGCCCGCACUCAGCAAAGCGUAUCUCUCUUUUCCUCUUUCUAAAACAUCCAAACCAUGUCUUCUGUCAUACAAUUGGGAAGGGCGGGCAGGCUAUCAUCAAAACUUAGACUGUGCACACCACUUGGAGGAGGAACUCUCAACUAUGUCACCCUGUAUUUGAUCGAAACUGUUUUGCACUUUUUUCUACAUCUAUCUUGUUGGCUUAGAGAAUAUCAGUUGCCCUAAAGCAAAUAAAACCCCCACAAAAGCCCACCCCACCCCAAAGCCGAAAUGAAAGAAGAAAAAAAAAAAAGAAAAACCAAAGAAUGAGCAACUGGAGAAACUCUUGUUAUCACUCACUCACAGCUUGUAAAAUCCGUCAUGUU